UUCUUCAAACUACACCUAACACCUUCUUCUUCUUCAAACCAUGGCUAGACUUUUGAUUCUCUUCACGUUUCUGUUCGCCGUCGUUUCCGCCGCGGCGGCGGCGGAGGACAUGUCUAUCAUAACCUACGACGAGCAGCAUCCGGCGAAGGGCCUGGUCCGGAGCGAGGACGAGGUGAAGGAGAUGUUCGAGUCGUGGCUGGUGAAACACGGCAAAUCGUACAACGCCGUCGACGAGAAGGAUAAGAGGUUUAAGAUCUUCAAGGACAACCUUAAGUACAUCGACGAGAAGAACAGCCUCGAGAACCGGUCGUACAAGCUCGGUUUGAACCGGUUCGCGGAUAUCACCAACGAGGAGUACCGGACCGGAUACCUCGGCUCCAAAACUCGCCGGAAUAUGGUGACGAGCAAGAGCGACCGGUAUGCUCCGGCGGCCGGCGAUAGCUUGCCGGACUCCAUUGACUGGAGAGAGAAAGGCGCUGUUACUGGAGUCAAAGAUCAAGGCAGCUGUGGGAGUUGCUGGGCGUUCUCAACAAUCGCAGCCGUUGAAGGUGUGAACCAGCUUGCGACGGGAAAUCUGAUCUCAUUAUCGGAGCAGGAGCUGGUGGACUGCGACCGGAAAAUAAACCAGGGCUGCAAUGGCGGCGAUAUGGACUACGCAUUUCAGUUCAUAAUAAAGAACGGCGGCAUCGACUCUGAGGAGGACUACCCUUACACCGGCAAGGAUGGCAAAUGCGACUCCUACAGGCAAAACAAUGCCAAGGUGGCUUCAAUUGAUGGGUACGAGGAUGUUCCUAUAAAUAAUGAGAAGGCGCUGCAGAAGGCAGUAGCAAGUCAGCCCGUCAGUGUCGCCAUUGAAGCCGGUGGCUAUGACUUCCAGCUCUAUACAUCGGGUAUAUUCACUGGAUCAUGUGGGACUGAUUUGGACCAUGGUGUGGCUGCUGUUGGGUAUGGUAGUGAGAAUGGUGUGGACUAUUGGAUUAUUAAGAACUCGUGGGGUGACUACUGGGGAGAGAAGGGUUAUGUGAGGAUGCAGCGUAAUGUGAAGGCUAAAACCGGGUUGUGUGGUAUAGCUAUGGAGGCUUCUUACCCUACAAAGACAGGGGACAAUCCUCCUCCAAGCCCUCCUAGCCCUCCAAGCCCCACUCCAACUCCUCCAUCCCCAUCUCCGAGUGUUUGUGAUCAGUUCAAUGCAUGCCCUGCAAGUACCACCUGCUGCUGCGUGUUUCCAUUUGGAAACUACUGCUUUGCGUGGGGAUGCUGCCCUCUGGAUAGCGCUGUGUGCUGCGAGGAUCACUACAGCUGCUGCCCUCAUGACUACCCGGUUUGCCAUGUUAGAUCAGGCACUUGCACUAAGAAAAAGAACAACCCGCUUGGAGUGAAGGCAAUGACACGCAUUCCUGCUCAACCUAUGUGGGCUUUCAAGAACGCGGGAAAGAAGGGCACCAGUUCUUGAUGGUCUCUCGAGUUGAGAGAGGUAUGGGAUGAUGAAAUGGGAAGGAAAGUGUGCAAGUUGAGAAGAUGAUCUCUCCCCCAUUCCAUCCUGAACAGAUCAGAUCAGAUCAUUCAUGGGAUUGUUGUAUUAAGAUUUAAGACCCUGAUUUAUGUAUAGUGCUUUCUAUCUUGCUGUCAUUGGAUUGGCUAAAAAUGCAACUUUUAUGCACAUCUACUCUGCUAUUCCAGAUGUUGUUUGUACUUUGUUGUUCAGUAAUAAUAGCAAGACUCUUUCCAUUA